AUGUCUGCAGAGGAGCCACAACAAGCCGGCCAGGAUGUCAGCCGCGUCGCCGACCAGCUCGACCGCCUGAAUGUCGAUGGCGAGGGCGACGCUGCCCCGCGCACAGAGCAGGAGUACGCCGAGUCGCAGCUCACGCUCCGUGCCAUUGUCUCGUCCAAGGAGGCGGGUGUCAUCAUAGGCAAGGCUGGCAAGAAUGUCGCUGACCUGCGCGACGAGACUGGUGUACGCGCCGGCGUCAGCAAGGUCGUCCAAGGCGUCCACGACCGCGUGCUCUCCGUCACUGGCAGUCUCUCUGGCAUCUCGCAGGCAUACGGCUUGGUCGCCAAGGGUCUGCUCGACGGUGCCCCCGCCAUGGGCAUGGGCGGUCUCGUUCGCAGCGACGGAACUCAUCCCAUUCGUCUCCUCAUCUCGCACAACCAGAUGGGCACCAUCAUCGGACGCCAGGGUUUGAAGAUCAAGCAGAUUCAAGAUGCCUCUGGAGUUCGCAUGGUCGCCCAGAAAGAAAUGCUUCCCCAGUCCACUGAGCGUAUCGUCGAAGUCCAGGGUUCCCCGGCAGGCAUUGAGAAGGCCCUCUGGGAAAUUGGCAAGUGCCUGAUCGACGACUCCGAGCGCGGCUACGGCACGGUGCUAUACAACCCCGCAGUUAGGGUUCAGCCUGGUGCUGGUCCUGGUCCAUUGUCCAACGGCGCUCCUGCUGGUCCUAGUGGAGGUCGUUCGUACAACCGCACUGGUCAUGGUGCUGAUUUCAGUGAUUCGCCUCCCACUCACUCUCGCCGAUCUGGAUCCGACGCUGCCACUCGACCCCCACCUCCCACGCACACCGAGGAUGGAGAGGAGAUGCAGACGCAGAACAUCAGCAUUCCCUCAGACAUGGUCGGAUGUAUUAUUGGCCGCGGUGGCAGCAAGAUCAGCGAGAUCCGCAAGACAUCCGGCGCGCGCAUCUCCAUUGCCAAGGCACCUCACGAUGACACCGGCGAACGCAUGUUCACGAUUACUGGAAGCGCCGCCGCUAACGAGAAGGCCCUGUACCUCCUGUAUGAAAACUUGGAGGCGGAGAAGAUGCGACGUAGCCAGGCCCAAGACUGA